AAACGAGGGGAUGUAGCAGUGAGGAAAAUAGUGGACAGGAAGGCAGGAAAGGAGAGUCCUGAAAAGUUACAGCGAGCUGUAGCUGCCAGAGGACCUGAAGAAGAAGCAGCAAAACCUGUGAAUACUAAGACUGUUUCUUCCAGUAAUGAAGGGGAAAGUUCCAGUCAUAGCACUGAGACACAGUCAGCUGAAGAAGCUGCAGACCUCCCAACAAAGCCUACCAAGAUCUCCAAGUAUGGAUUUCCCAUAGGUAGUUACACAACAAAGAAAGCAUCAGACAUGUCAUCAAACUUGGAUCAAGCAAGCCUUAAACUCUUCCAACUCCUGCUCCAAAAACUUUCAGUAGCAGCAGCUUUUAAUGAAGAUGAAGAUAGUGAACCAGAGGAAAUGCCUCCAGAAGCAAAGAUGAAGAUGAAGAAUAUAGGAAGGGAUACACCAACAUCAGCUGGACCAAACUCCUUCAACAAAGGAAAGCAGGGGUUUUCUGAUAACCAGCAGCUAUGGAAGCAAAAUAUAAAAUCUCAUCUUGGAAAUGUCCAUGACCAAGACAAUUAAAUGAUGUUUUGAA